CCAAGCCGCGGGAGCAGGCGCGCUGCCGCGCCCCAUCGAUGUUUGAGGAGCCCUCUGGGCCUGUCCCCGCUUAGCUGUGGGCCGACCAGCCCCGCCUCAGCGUUGCCGUGGAGACGGGACGCCGUGCUCCGCCCAGAAGUGAACAGAGGUGGCGUAAGAGAUCCUAGGGCAGCCGCCGCCCGCCAUGGAGUCGAGCAAGGGAAAACGUACUAUCCCAAAACCACAUCCUCCAGUUGUAGGUGAGGUGACCCAUCACAGCAUUCAACUCUCUUGGGAUUUGGAAAAUAUAACACAAAGAAAAGGACCUCAAGAGCAAUGGCUAAAGAUGUCAAUUGAAGAAGAGGACCCCAAAUUACAUACCUAUGGUACCAUUUAUACGGGAUAUGCUAGACAACAUGUCGUGGAAGGUCUUGAGCCGAGAACAACCUACAGAUUUCGACUAAAGAUCACUAGUCCUACAGGGGAGUGUGCUUAUAGUCCAGCUGUCUCUGUCUCCACUAUUAGAGAGCCGAUGAGUGGAGAACAACUUCAUCGAGCUGUCAGUAUGAAUGAUGUAGAGGCAGUUCUUAACAUUCUUCAGGGAGGACAUGUGAAGGUGGAUGUUCCUGAUAAACUAGGCUUUACUGCUCUGAUGGUUGCUUCUCAGAAAGGAUAUGAUAGGCUUGCGAAAAUAUUGGUACAGAAUGGAACAGAUGUAAAUCAGAAGAAUGGAAGUGGAAAGGACAGCCUAAUGUUAGCGUGUUUUGCUGGUCACCUGGAUAUUGUUAAAUACCUCAGAGAACAAGGAGCUUCUUGGGAAGUCAGAGAUCUGGGAGGUUGUUCAGCUUUGCACUGGGCUGUGGAUGGAGGACAUUGUGAUGUUAUUGAAUGGAUGAUUAAUGAUGGCUGUCAGGUAGAUACUAAAGAUACAGUCUUAGAAUGGACACCAUUGAUGAGAGUUUCUGCAGUAACAGGGAAUAAGGAUGUGGCAUCUCUUUUAAUUGAAGCAGGAGCAGAUGUGAAUAUGAAAGAUAAAGAUGGCAAAACACCUUUAAUGGUGGCAGUAUUAAAUAAUCAUGAAGAGUUGAUUCAGUUGCUGCUGGAUAAAGGAGCAGACUCUACUGUUAAAAAUGAGUAUGGCAAAGGUCUCCUAGAAAUGGCUAGAGGUUUUCACAGACAUAGCGUGGUCAUUUUGUUAGAAGAAAAUAAGAGAAAAUUAACUGAGAAAAACAAUUUUCCUCCACCAGCUCUUGGCUCACAGUCACGUGAGGUAACUAAAUAAAAGAAAAGGAGUGCUUUUUCUACCAGUAAGGUGAAAACAUGAAGACUGGCCCACAGUUAAGCACUAGAAUUUGCUUGUUUUACUUUAUACUGUUCAGUUGUUACAGAUUCUUGGAUGCUCAUUAAAAUGUGUAGCUCAGCUUCUUCUUGAGGAUGUUGUCUUGUAUUUAAAUGUAUAUGUAUGUUGUACUGUCAUUGUUCCCUAACGCUACUUUAUAUUCACUUGCAUUUAGAGUUAGAUGUAAAACAAAAUAAUGUUGUCAUAAAUGCAGUUUUUAUAUCAUUCCCCUCCCUGUUCUAAGCCCUUCUUAGAGCUCAUGACAAAGAUUGUUUUUCACAUAUUUUUUAUUACUUCCCUCUUUUUCUUUUCCUUUUUGUCCUAGUCCUGUCCCUCUGGCUAGAGAAUGUUCAGUAACUCCCACUGAUGCCUAUUGUCACUCUUAAAAUAGCCAGGAAGUCCCUUCUUUCUCCCGAGGAAAUGAGCAUCUUGCUUGCGCAGCAUGCCCAGACUCAGCCAUAGGAGUGAAGGACUAAGUUUAAGUCUUAAGAACUGUAAUAUCCUUCCAGGAUAAUGUGUUAGGUUAGGAAGGUGUAUGUAAUAAAUUAAGUUGAAAUGUGGAUUUCAGGGUGGAAGCUGAAUUGUGACAUUAACUGUAACUAUUAUCUGAUGUAAAUAAUCAGGGACCUCCUCAUACACUGUCUUGCAGCAUCAAGGGGCAACUAACAUGCAUGCACAACCUAUCCUGCAGUAGAAACGCAAUGAAGUCCAAGCACUUAAGUUUUAUCACAAGAUAAACUGCCUUAUACUCACUUCAAGGGGUUGACCUCACCAGUUCACUUUGUGGUAAAAAUAAAGUGCCUGGUCUUCUCUGUGUUUUUACCUUGGGAUAGCUCAUGUGUGUUAGUUACCUUUUUCAGUAGAGAAGACAAGGCCUAUACUGGGGAGGUAAGAGGAAAUCGUCACUUAAAGGUACAGUCUACUCGUCACUAAAGGUACAGUCUAACAGCUUUUUGGAGUUCAAAGCUAAAGAAUUCCAAAGCAUUAAUAUAACAUUUAACCUGGCCUGGUCACCAAAUAAUGUUUUAUUAUUUUAAAAAUUGCUUGUAACUCUUGCAUUCACAAUAUAGUGUACAAGGUAUUAGAAAACCCAGAAAUGGGUAAUUGGAGCUAAAUAGUGAUAAGCUUUAAACAUUAAUAAUAAAAAUUAAAAAUCAACACAAUUUUAGUAGCAGCCAAUGUAAACUGUACAAAUAAUGAGAUAAAUGUUGAUUUACUAUCAACAGUGAGCAAACAAGUAGCAGAGUUAUAUACAAUUUGAAUGCUUUAAAUUUGCACAAUGGGAAGACCAUUGAAAUGUAAUUAAAGUACUCUUAAAUUUGUAGAGGGGAGAGUGCACAUCAAUACUAUUUACUGACAAUUACCAUAUUUCAUAUGGUAAUUAUAGUUGACAUUUUUUAUAUAAAACACAUCCAUUUUUAAAAUAUACACUGAUUGACAUUAAAAUGUAGAUGUUUUCCUUUAUCAUGAUACGUUGCAAUACUUUCCUUUCUACAAUGAAAUAUUGCAAUGGGGCACAUCAGUUCUCUUAGGUGUAAAUGUUUACUUUUAAGUGUCAAUCAUUGUACUUUCUGUCCUGUUGAUAAUGCUAUCAUAUGUUUUAAAGCAUAAGCUGGACUUGCUUUCAAUUUACCUUUAUAUAGAAACACAAAGUAUGCUUCCACAAGAAGUGACUUUCAUUUUAUGGGGUGGGCUAGACUGUUUUUUUUGUUUUGUUUUUUUACCUUUUAAGGUACCAAGACUGCCAUUGUCGAUUUCCCCCCACCCCAAAUGCUGCCAACAUUCCUAUCCUUGAUGCUAUGAUGUUUUAAGCAGUCCAGUUGCCCAGCAGCACGGCCAAUAUGGAUGCAAUUUACUAAAAUUCAAAAAAUAAAUGUACGCUAAAAUUCUAUUAAUUGGAAAAAAAACAAAAACCUCAGUAUCUUGAAAUUCCUGUAAGAAGAAGAUUGAUAACAAAGAGACUGCACAGGCAUGGCAAUUAACUAACAAAUAAUUGAUUGUUUUUAUGCUUAUCCUCUGCAUCUACAUUUUUUCCAAGGAUGGGCUCUUUACACACCUGCCAUCUAACACAGGAUGUUUUUCUCUCUCACUUUGUGCUGGAGGGAAACUAGGCUAUUUCUUACUCUUCUGUCAUUUUAUAUUUUAUUUGACAAUCUUCCUUCACUUUAUAAUGAAUUUACUCAAAUAGCAGGGAUCUAUGAGGUGAAUCUAAAGGUUCCAACCCUGCUGAAGAAUGGAAUUUCAGGGGGAGAAGGUGUUAAAUUUUUUUGCUUGUUUUUAGUUCGCUUUUUUAAAAAUUUAGGAAAUUACACACAAAAGUGUUAGAAGAAUGUUUCUCAAGUUGCAAACAGAAGCACUGAAAAAGAAAUACCAGAAUUAAAGUUGCUUGUGCAACCUUAAUUCAGCCCUCUUAUCCAAAUGAAUUAGGAAACGUCUUUAAUUACAUUUACAUACUGUUUUCUCCACAGUACCCCCUAUAUAAUGUUCAAAACAAGUAUAGCAGUAAUGUAUAUAUUAGAUGUACAGGUCUACUUACAGAGCAAGGUGUGCAACUGAGUUGCUUUGCAGCUGGGAGGGAGUUGGAAGCUUCUUAAACUAAUGACAAACUCACAUAAUGCUGAAACACAAGUUUUUUAAGGAAAUUUCAGGAUACCCAAAGGUAUGACACCAAAAGUAGCUAUCUAGCCUGCCUAAAGCUGCUCAUAACCUUUGAUAAUAGAAAAGCAGAUAAACUGCUCCUUCAAUAUUAACGAAAUUUCUGUUCUGCAAACGCUUUAGCAAGGAAUGUUGUAUGAGAAAUUAAGCUUAUGUUAGACAUCUAUGUUUCCUUCAUAUGCUCAGUCAGCUAUGUCAAAUGCAGCUCUAAAAAUGGGAGCUUGUAGCUCUGCUAAAGAAAACACUAUUUGUAAACAAGUUUUUUCCAUUAGUUUAUCAUAUAUAAAGAUGGUAGUUCAAACUCCUAUAAAUUUUUUUCAAAUUUUUAAGUACAUAUUUAGAAAAUAUCUGCAUACAUGUAUAACAAAAAAGUGCCUGUGAUAUGCUGAUUUAUAAGAAAAAUAAUACUGUUGCAUGGUGAAAUUUUACAGUUAUUUAGAGUAUCAAAAUAAAAUAUUGACAUACCUAGCAAAGAAAGAUGCUAUCGUACUGAUUUCUUAGGUAGUAUCUUAUAUUUUUUUCUUGAUGUGGUGCUUGCAUUUUUUUUUAAAUCAAUUUUGGUAAUUACAUAAGACAAAACAAAACAAAUGUG